UGCCAACAAUUAAGCCCAGCCGUUUGCUAUGGUUUGCUUGCUUUUCGUUUUGCUGUUUUCCUGCGUAAUCACACGGCCGGACCCGACAACAGCCAGUGACGAGCGAUGGGGCGGUUUUUUUUUUUUUUUUUUUUUUUUUUUUGGCAGACCACUUUGUAUACGAUACGAAUGUUGGGUGCAAGACCACCUGUAUCCUGUACUAGAGCCGUGGCAGUGAUCGUGAACAGCCCCGGUUCCAACCCAACCCAAAUAAAUACGACUAGGUCCCGAUGUCUUUUCGAACCUAAAGGCCCAAAAAACCGACGGACGGCACAUGUCACUACACUAGGGCUGCAGCCAAUAUUGAGGCAGCAAUAAUUCGUACAUUGGACGAAUCCACCGUACUUAUACAUUUAGUACUUGAGGCUCUUUUUUAUUUUAUUUUUAAUUUUGCCCCAAAACAUUUCUACAUUUUACUAGCUUGAUGCAUACUACGACUAUCUUUCGGAUUUG